CCGUGCGGCAUUGGAUCGCUUCUGAUUGUUUACUUGUCAUUUGCGCUUUGAUCAUUUCAAUAUAUUUUGCUAAUCAUCUCACUGGCUUGUUCAAUCUGUGCUGGACGGUGUGCAAAGAUGGCACUGAGAGGAAUUUUGGCCUGGCUCUGCUUGCUAGCAGUGUUGCCGUGCUCACAUCAAACGAAGAACUGCAGCUCACAGUUUCUGGAGGACCUAAUGGCUGAUCUCCAGAUGGCAGUAGAGUGCAGUGCAAAGUCCGUGUGGACCCCGCAGCAGACGGCCACCCUCCUGCUCAACGUGAGGAAUCUGACCAAGACACUGCGAGAUUUCCAAGGAGAUCAGCUCAUAAAGUGCCCGCAGCCCAAGGUUCCCAAAAAUGGAGGCUUGGCAUGCGCAAGAGUGGCUAACAGUCGCUUCUGCAAACCCCUUUGCAACCAUGGUUACGACUUUGCCUUCCUGAGGAGAAGCAGAGUGUUUGAAGAGUGCGGCCCGGCAACGGGUUACAAGUGGAGCACUCAGUACAUUGGAGGAAACAAGCUGGCAAUUUGCAACGAAGCGGCACUUCAAGUGGCGGGGGCCAAAACGGCGUACUUUGCCAAAGACGAGGACUGCCUGACCACCAAGGAGAACGAACAAAGAAAGAACGACACCCUUAAAGUGGUUGCAGAGGAGCUCAAGAAACACGACGGCAUAGAUGGAGAUGUGGAGUUGCUCUCCCUGCUGUGUGAAUGAGCAUUAAAAACAUUCAGUAUAUCUGAAAAGCA